AUGACCUUGGACGAUUUUUGUCCAUUUAAUAUCAUAAUAAUUAUCAGCAUUAGUGCAGCAGUUGCUCUUAUUGGAUUAAUUAUUGGUUUAAUUUUUGGUUUGUAUUUCAAAUACCGAACACAUAUUAAAGUAUGGCUAUUUGCGCAUCAGUGGUGUUUAUCCUUUGUAACGGAAGAGGAAUUGGAUAAGGACAAAUUGUACGACGCAUUUGUGAGCUUCUCGCACAAGGAUCACGAUUUUAUAGUAGACGAGUUGAUAUCGAAGCUAGAGAGUGGCCCGACACCGUUGAAAUUGUGUCUUCAUUAUCGAGAUUGGUUAGCAGACGAAUGGAUACCGGAUAAUAUUGCUAGAUCUGUGGAGAAUUCUAGACGAAUGAUAGUGGUACUGUCGCCAAAUUUUUUGGAGAGCAUCUGGGGAAGAAUGGAAUUUCGGGCUGCUCAUCGUCAAGCGUUAAACGAAGGUCGGACGCGAGUGAUACUGAUCUUGUAUAGUGACAUCGGGCCUACAGAUAAUUUGGAUCCUGAACUGAAAGCGUACAUAUCUAUGAACACGCACAUUCAGCGGGGAGAUCCUUGGUUUUGGGAUAAAUUAAGAUACGCGCUGGCGCAUCAAAUCUAG